AUGCGGUUUAGCAGUUCAGAAUUUUUCUUAAAAAAGCUGCCUCGUAAAAUUUCAUUAACACGUACAUGUCGACACAUAAAGCAGGGUCGACUGCCAAUUAAAGGACAAGAAAAAAAUGACGACCACGUGCACGGCAGCCUGGAGUACCCUCUAAAAAUGCUUUACCCGGAAUUAGCCUUUUGCCGCGCUGGAGCGAUCGACUGGCAACCGGGAAAACGUUUAGGUGCUACAAAUUGGAAAAAAUGCUGUCAGCAAACGGUAUUAUCUUUCUACGGUGUUUUUCUUCAAAUUGGUGUUAAGAGACCGCGCUUUUCGAAAGGUCUCCCCCCAGCUCUUGCAGGCGUGCGUCGCUAUGACUAUGGGCCCCUAUCAGUUUAA